AUGAAGUACUUAACUUUUAAUAGAAGUAAUAGAGAUGCAAUUGACUUAUGCGAAAAAUUGGAAGCGACGAAAAUAGACCUAGCAAACCCUUUGUUAUUACAGUAUAGUUGGGUAAUAUGGGAACAAGUAUCCGAUAACAAAAUUAAACAAAGCAAUAAUUACAAGGAUUACACAAGACCAUUGGCAAAAUUUAAUAGUGUACAGAAAUUCUGGCAAUUAUGGAAUAGAUUGCCACAGCCUAGUGAUUUACUUGCCCAGAGAAGUAUGACAAGAUUAUCGGAUGAUGGAACUCUUCGUAUAGUAGAUGCUCUUAUGAUUUUUCGAGAUAAUAUUCAACCUAUGUGGGAAGACCCAGCUAAUUCUGAAGGUGGUCAUUUUGAAUAUAAAUUUUUACCAAAAGAUUUCCCAUAUAGUCAGAUAGAUGAAUUUUGGAAUAAUCUUGUAUUAGCUAUUAUUGGAUGCACUUUAAAACAUUAUAAUUUAAUAACAGGAAUUAGGUUAGUAGAUAAAUUAAGUACCACACGCUAUGGAUAUAUAAGAAUUGAAAUAUGGUAUACGACAAUGCCGGAUGAAAGCGUUAGAAGUCACUUGAGAAAAGACCUUGAGGAGCACAUGUGCAAUCGCAUUGACGGGUCACACGUUUUCCCCCCAAGGGUUAAAAGUCUCGGCCAUUCGCACAAAUAG